AUUCUGCUCCAUGCUCCGCCCCAGUAACUUUGGGAACAACCCCGCUGGGUGGAUGGUGCGCUUAGGAUUUAAAGACUGGUUCCGAGUUUAUCUGCAUUCCACCUCGUUCAUCAUUCAGCCGAAGUUCCGCACGCAACACCAAGAAAAUCUCCAGGGCAGAAGCUCCUCUAUCUGAUUGCAAGUACUGUUGCAGGACCAUUUCGGUUUAAGGAAACACUUCGUCAGCUGCAAGCAGGUUGAAACAUGCCAAACUACAAGUUGACCUACUUUAAAAUAAGAGGGCGAGCUGAGACUGCUCGUUAUAUUUUUGCAUACAGUGGAAUAAACUACGAAGACAACACCAUUGACAUAAUGGAUUGGCCUAAUAUAAAACAAUCUCUGCUCUUUCAACAAAUUCCGAUUCUGAAGGUGGACAAAACUGAAAUCAAUCAGAGCUCUGCUAUUGCAAGAUAUUUGGCCAGAGAAACAGGCAUAGCAGGAAAAAGCAACCUUGAACAAGCUCAAGCAGAUGCCAUUGUGGACACAAUAAAUGAUUUCAUGAAUAUGUUCCCCUGGACUGAAAAGGACCCAAUUGUGAAACAAAAGAUAACAGACGAUGUUUUUGCCAAUAAUAUCCCUUUGUUACUGGAUGGUUUGAGCAAGCUCUUGGGAGAUCGAAUGUGGUUUGUUGGUGAUUCAGUUACCUGGGCUGAUUUUCACUGGGCCGUCUGUUCCAUCACCCUCACUAAUCUAAAUAUUGAUAUCUUGCACAACUAUCCCAAAUUAUUAGCUUUGAAAGAACGUGUGGAAGCUCUUCCUAAAAUUGCAGCCUGGAUAGAACAGAGACCAAAAACUGCAUUGUAAAAUUACAGCUUUCACUUAAAAUGCCUAGUACAUGAAAUGAAACCUUAUUUUCUACAAUGGUUUAAUUCUUUAAGCAUUAUUUCCAAUAAGAGUCCUGGUUCUGCAAUAAUUGUUAUAGAUUACAAAUCUAUAAAUUCCUAAGUUCCUCAUUUAUUAACCUUUUGACAUGGAUUAAGCUUGUAUUCUCAAGUCAAGAGGGUUAAAGGGUGAUCGAGUGGAGAUGUUUAAUAAUUAUAGUCUGUGAUAGGAUAAGAAGCAAGACAUCAAGGGGCGUAUGCUUCAAGUUAGAGCUAAGCCAUCUGGGUUAUAUCAGGAAGGACUUCCUUCACAAAAGGGCAGUAGAAAUCUCUCCCCAAAAUAUCCUUAAGUCGACGACAAGAAAUAGUUGGAAGUGCCAUAACAGAGGUGGAUAAACUUUGGUUGACGAUGUAGCUAUGGAGUGGAACCAAGUUAUGUAAAUGAAGGCAAAGAUCAGUCAUGAUCUCAUCAAAUGCCAAUACAGGCUCAAAGGAGUUGAAUGGUCUACUGCUGUCCUUGUAUUAAUACAUUAGCAUUUGGCUUUAAUCAUUGCUGUAAUGUUUUGAGUGCAACUGAGAGGGCUCUUGUGGUGCAAUGGUAGUACCCCUACCUCUGGAUCAGACAGCCUAGCUUCAAGUCCCACCUGCUCCAAAGCUGUGCCAGAAUAGGUUGGUG